CAAACUAUGUUCUCACUAGUAGUACUCUUCCAUUUCCAUUACUGGAAAGUAUACCAUGUACCUGGUAUUCCACUUGAGUCCCACUGAAUACUCACAAAUAUACAAUUCUAUUAUGUCUAGUUUGUAUGAAUAUGUUCUUUUUAUGGAUUAUCAUACUGUGUGAUGUAGUUCUGAAUAUGCUCUCGCUUCGUCAACUGAAUCUGUGAAUAUAGUGUUUUGGGGAUUUGGGUUUUCUUUUCUGCUCAAAGUCUCUUUUUGGUACUGUUGAAGCUCGAAAUUGGGGAUUUCUCUGGCUCUUGCUUAUGAUGAAUUUGGCUCAAUGAAGCUAAGAUCUGAAGAGUUCCUCACUUCUUUGCGCUUUCUGGGUUGUUGUAUUUUGGGUUAGAAGUAGGGUAUUGGAAGCUCUUGAGCUACCUGGAGUAGCCAAUCUUGAGGUUGGGUGAAUUUGAGGCAAGCAAUUGGGGCUGGUGUGGUGAGUUUUGUUAGGGUUUGAGCUGAAAUGUACUGGUUAAUUUGGUGAAGGUUUUGAUUCAUCAAGUUUUUAAUUACUCAAGGGUCUAUUUGGGGUUGGGUGAAGAAGAUCAAGUGCCGAUGACGCCGAAAUCGAUUGUGUUUUGUAGUGGAACUGGUUUUGGUUGAAGGUUCUGGCGGGGGUUUCUUGGUGGUUUUGUCCAUAACAUCCAUACGCAGUCUCUGCAUACAACAAUCCUCAUCAUUUCUUAGUAAUAUAUUUGUUGGGUUUGGUGGUUUUGAGGAGUACAUUCAGAUUUGGAUGGAGUUUGUAGGGGCAAAGUGAAGGUAUUAUGGUGUUUUUGGCUGGGAAGGAAGUGCAAGAAGCCUUUGGGACAUUUAGUGCUGAGCUAUUGUGGUAAUAGCCUUUGUGGCUACCAAUUUUAGGUGAUAUUAUCAUUUCAGAAAUGAGGUUCUCUUCUGCUGGUUUCACUCAGCAGUCUCCUGAAGGGGAGAAGAGAUGUCUGAAUUCUGAACUUUGGCAUGCAUGUGCUGGUCCUCUUGUUUCCCUACCUGCUGUUGGAAGCCGCGUGGUGUAUUUCCCUCAGGGCCAUAGUGAGCAGGUUACUGCAUCAACCAACAAAGAAGUGGAUGCCCAUAUACCUAACCACCCAAGCUUAUCUCCACAACUCAUUUGUCAGCUUCACAAUGUGACCAUGCAUGCGGAUGUAGAGACAGAUGAGGUAUAUGCUCAGAUGACCUUGCAGCCACUGAGCCCGGAAGAACAAAAGGAUGCCUCUUUCCUUCCAGCAGAUUUAGGUGCCCCCAGCAAGCAGCCGACAAAUUAUUUUUGCAAAACAUUGACAGCCAGUGACACAAGUACUCAUGGAGGAUUUUCAGUUCCUCGUCGGGCAGCUGAAAAAGUGUUCCCUCCAUUGGACUUCUCCCAGCAACCUCCAGCUCAAGAAUUAAUAGCAAGGGAUCUGCAUGAUAAUGAAUGGAAAUUUAGACAUAUAUUUCGUGGCCAGCCAAAGAGGCAUCUUCUUACAACUGGAUGGAGUGUGUUUGUAAGUGCAAAACGACUUGUUGCCGGUGAUUCAGUCCUUUUCAUAUGGAAUGAAAAGAACCAAUUACUUCUUGGUAUUAGGCGGGCUAAUCGGCCUCAAACUGUGAUGCCUUCUUCAGUUCUAUCAAGUGACAGCAUGCACUUGGGGCUUCUUGCUGCGGCAGCUCAUGCAGCUUCAACUAAUAGCCGCUUCACCAUAUUCUUUAAUCCAAGGGCUAGCCCAUCAGAAUUUGUCAUACCUCUAGCCAAAUAUGUUAAAGCAGCCUAUCAUACUCGUGUUUCUGUUGGCAUGCGCUUUCGGAUGCUGUUUGAAACUGAAGAAUCGAGUGUCCGUCGCUACAUGGGCACGAUAACUGGAAUAAGUGACUUGGAUUCCGUUCGGUGGCCAAACUCACAUUGGCGCUCAGUGAAGGUUGGUUGGGAUGAGUCUACAGCUGGGGAAAGGCAGCCAAGAGUCUCUCUUUGGGAAAUUGAACCCUUAACAACAUUCCCCAUGUAUCCAUCCCCUUUCCCCCUCAGACUAAAGCGACCAUGGCCACUUGGAUUACCUUCUUUCAAUGGGAUUAAAGAGGAUGAUCUGGGAAUGAAUUCACCACUUACGUGGCUUCGUGGAGAUAACGUAGAUCACAGUAUCCAGUCUCUCAAUUUUCAGGGCAUUAGUGUCACACCCUGGAUGCAGCCAAGGCUUGAUACCUCAAUGCUUGGUAUGCAAACUGACAUUUACCAAGCUAUGGCUGUUUCUGCUCUUCAGGAGAUGAGGGCUGUGGAUCCUUCCAAACAGACACAUCCAUCUCUUCUGCAAUUCCAGCAGCCCCAAAGUUUCCCAAGCUGGCCUGCUGGUCUAAUGCAGCCCCAGAUCUUACAACAGUCGCAGCCUCAACCUGUUUUUCUUCAUAGUGUUAAAGAGACUCAGUCCCAGUCCCAGGCCCAGGCCCAGUCUCAGUCUCAGUCUCAGUCUCAGUCUCAGUCUCAUCUUCUUCAGCAACAAUUGCAGCACCAGCACUCAUUCACUAAUCAACAUCAACAUCAGCAGCCCCAGAUCUCACAACAGUCGCAGCCUCAACCUGUUUUUCUUCGUAGUGUUAAAGAGAAUCAGCCCAAAUCCCAGGCCCAGGCCCAGGCCCAGUCCCAGUCUCAGUCUCAGUCUGAGUCUCAGUCUCAGUCUCAUCUUCUUCAGCAACAAUUGCAGCACCAGCACUCAUUCACUAAUCAACAUCAACAUCAGCAGCCGCAGCCAGCACUGUUGCAACAACAGCAACAGCAACAGCAACUGGUUGAUCAUCAGCAAGUUUCAACUGUCGUUUCAUCUCUAUCUCAGUUUGCUUCAAGCUCUCAAACCCAGUCACCAUCAUUGCAAGCCAUCUCUUCCAUGUGUCAACAGCAGAGCUUUUCUGACUCAAAUGGAAACCCUGCAACCAAUGCUAUUGUUUCGCCUCUCCAGAGUCUUAUCGGUUCAUUUUCCCAUGACGAAGCAUCCCACAUACUCAACUUGCCAAGAAGUGAUGCACUAUUAUCUUCUGCUGGCUGGCCACCAAAGCGAGUUGCAGUUGACCCACUUCUACCCUCUGCAACGUCGCCAUGUAUUCUGCCCCAGGUGGAACAGUUGGGACCACCCCAUACACACACCUCUCAAAAUGCCAUCUCUUUGCCACCAUUUCCUGGUAGGGAGUGCUCCAUUGAUCAAGAAGGGAGCAAUGAUCCUCAGAACCAUCUUCUGUUUGGGGUUAAUAUAGAUUCGUCAUCUCUUCUAAUGCAGAAUGGGUUGUCAAGCAUUAGGGGAGUUGGUAGUGAUAAUGAUUCAACAACUGUACCCUUUGCUUCUUCUCCCAGUAAUUACGUGAGUACUACAGGCACUGCAGGUACUGAUUUUUCACUUAAUCCGGUGAUGACACCUUCCAGUUGCAUUGAUGAAUCAGGUUUCCUGCAGUCUCCUGAAAAUGUGGGUCAAGCAAACCCACCAACCAGAACCUUUGUUAAGGUUUAUAAGUUAGGGUCCUUUGGCAGAUCACUAGACAUCUCCAAAUUCAGCAGCUACAAUGAGUUGCGCAGUGAGCUUGCUGGCAUGUUUGGCCUUGAUGGCCAGUUGGAGGACCCUGUGAGAUCAGGCUGGCAGCUUGUAUUUGUUGACCGGGAGAAUGAUGUUCUUCUCCUUGGUGAUGACCCCUGGCAGGAGUUUGUAAAUAGCGUGUGGUGCAUCAAGAUACUCUCUCCACAAGAAGUGCAGCAGAUGGGCAAACAUGGUCUAGAACUUCUAAACUCGGUCCCAAUACAGAGGUUCUCUAAUAGCAGCUGCGAUGACUACACAAGCCAACAGGACUCAAGAAAUUUGAGCUCUGGGAUUGCUUCUGUAGGAUCUCUUGAGUACUGAAAUGAUUUAGCUAGUUAAGCUACUUUCCCCAUCUUCUGUAAUUUUAGCAUUUCUUCCAAAUUGAUAUAUUGCUGGGAAGGAUUUGCCUACUUCUAGCAUAAAAACAUAUAUAUAUAUAUAUAUAAAAGCUACAGUGCAAUUAUAAUAUAAAAUCUUAAGUGGUUUCUAUGUUUUAAGGAAUACAGAAGAACCUAUUUAUUAGGAGAAUUUAUUUUUUGGGGAUAGCUUCUGUUUUAU